AUGAUGACUGUACUACAUUGUAUUAUUUCCUUCCUAAUAACAAUGGAAUUUGUUCUAGGAAUUGUAGCCAAUGGCUUCAUAGUGCUGGUGAAUUGCAUUGACUGGAUCGACAGACAGAAGAUCUCCUCGGUGGAUCAAGUGCUCACAGCUCUGGCUGUCUCCAGAAUUGGUUUGCUGUGGAUACUAUUGUUAAGUUGGCAUGCAAACGUGCUCAAUUCAGUUUCAUUAAAUUUAUAUGUGAAAAUGAUUGUUUCUAUUGUCUACAUGUUAGCUAAUCAUUUUAGUGUCUGGCUUGCCACUGUUCUCAGCAUAUUUUAUUUGCUCAAAAUAGCCAAUUUCUCUAGCUUUCUGUUUCUUUACCUUAAAAAAAGAGUUAGAAGUGUGCUGAUUAUAGUUUUGCUAGUGAGUUUGCUCUUUUUAUCUUCGAAUUUUGGAAUAGCAAGCUUCAUUAAUAUUCUAACAAAUAGAAGAAAUAUGACUCAUAAUACUACAUUGGUGAAAGUUGCUCAUCUUUCCAAUAUCACUGUCUUCACACUGGCAAACUUCAUUCCCUUCACUAUGUCCUUGAUUUCUCUUGUGCUAUUAAUUGUUUCCCUAUCAAAUCAUCUCAAAAAGAUGCAAGUGAAUGGAAAAGGAUUCGAAGAUCCCAGCACCAAGGUCCAUAUCAGAGCCAUGCAGACCGUGACCUCCUUUCUCUUACUGUUUGCUGGCUAUAUAUUGGCUCUAAUCAUCACUGUUUGGAAUUCAAACAACUUGAAAAACAGUUCAGUCCUUAUGCUUUGCCAGAUUUUUGGAAUCAUGUAUCCUUCAAAACACUCAUUUGUGCUUAUUUGGGGAAACAAGAAGCUGAAGCACAUAUUUCUGUCAUUCCUGCGGCAUCUGAGGUGCCAAUCGAAAGAAAGGAAGUAA